AUGAUCAAAGAGAAAAUGAAGGCUGCACAAGAUAGGCAAAAGAGCUACUACGAUAAGAGGAGGAAACCCUUGGAGUUUCAGGUGGGUGACCACGUAUUUUUGAAGGUCUCACCUGUGACGGGAGUUGGGAGAGCUCUGAAAUCUCAGAAGCUAUCUCCUAAAUUCAUUGGGCCAUUCGAACAUGUGUCGGAUCCUUCUCACAUGAUUAAUCUCGACCCAGUUCAAGUGAGGGAGGAUUUGUCGUAUGAGGUGUACCCGAUAAGGAUUACAGAUCAUCGUAUUAAGCAACUGAGGGGCAAGGAGAUCUCAUUGGUAAAGGUGAUAUGGAACUCAAGUGAUGAAGGAGAUGCCACAUGGGAGACAGAGAGCCGAAAGAAUUCUGAAGAGCUAAAUGGUCUAAGCGAAGCUCGAGAUGGUGGAGGCGGUCUACAAAAGUUGAGUCAUCCUGUCUGCUGUAUGCUGCCUAUUUUAGUGGCUCUUCAAGCUGAGGCUGAGGUUGUGGUGGUGGAGCUCUAA